CCGUUUGCACUGUUGCUAUAAGGGGAAACCGGCGUGGUGGCUGGCACGACCCGAGCAGGGGGAUCACACGUACGGUGCUGUGGAUCAGCAGCUACUGAGUGAAUGAGUGAGUGAGGUGCUGUGAAACAUCCUCUGCUCCGGUGGCCGGGUUAGCAAUGGGCCUUGCCGGCGGCAUUGUUCGGAGAGUCCUCUCCAAGAGCCCCUGCGGCUCAUCGUCGUCGACCGGCCGCGGAGGCGUCCACACCGAACGGAGCUCGGGUGAUCAAAGGAGGAGAUCGUGGAGCUCCCUCAGGAUGUACCUGUGCGGCGACGAGACCAGCGCCGCGGCCGCAGAGGGGGAUGAGGACGACGACGACGACGAAGACCAAGACGGGACGGUCUCCGCCAGAAGCUUCGAGACGGCCUGCGCGACGACGAUGACGACGCAGGAUCAGGCUCAAGCUCCGGUGGCAGAUCACCACGGCCACGUGAACGGCGAUGUCCAACUUGGAGGGCAGGGAGCCAUGGUGCUGCCCACGGAGCCUGCGGCCGGCGAAGAGGAAGCGGCGGCUACGCUGAUCCAGUCCGCGUUCAGGGGACUCAUGGCGAGGAGGAGGCAAUUGUUGCCGGAGCUGGAAGGGAGUUUGUCAGGACAGGACGGCUGCUGCGCCGAGGAGCCCUGCAAGAGCCCUGCAUCGCCGUCGACCAUGGCGGCAUCGGUGGAGGUCCAGGUAGGCGAGUCCCUGAGCAACCUCCGGCUGAGCGACGCCGACGACGGCGCGUCGUUGUCGGCGCAGCACCGUGGGGGCGCAAGCCAGACCAAGUCGUCGCGGCCACAGGUGUUCAGAGCCAAGGAGGAGUGGGACGACAGCACGCUGAGCUCCAACAUGCUGCGGAUGCGGAUCCAGAGCAAGAUGGAGGCCACGACGCGGCGGGAACGAGCCCUCGCGUACGCCUUCUCGCAGCAGCUGAGGAGCUGCGGCGGCACCGGCGGCGUUGGGGGCACGAAGAAGCGGUCGUCGCGGUCGGAGCAGGGGGAGUUCAACGUGGGGUGGAGCUGGCUGGAGCGGUGGAUGGCGACGCGGCAGGCCGAGCCCUGCCCCAGCGACGACGGCGCCAGCAGGAACGCGGCGGACGCCGGCUCGGUGGCCGGGCGGCGGGUGGUGGUCGUCAGGCGGCGGCCGCAGGGGCAGGGGCAGGGGGACGUGGCCGUGGAGGAGAAGGAGAGCUGCGGGUCCAACGACGUCUCCGCCGUCAGCUUCGACGGCUCCAGCGCCGGCGGCCGGAGCGGGCUGAGCUGCUACAGGCCAGGCAAGAACCGGCUCAGGGGCGCCCGGAACCUGCCGCGGCGGAAGGUUGCGGCGGCAGCCGAGCACCGGCUCAAAGAAAGAUCGCACAAGGUGAGCAAGAAGGCGCGGCAGAGAGAGGAUCGCCAAGCCGAGGCAGACGAGGCAGACGAUCCCCGUCAACCCCCAACGGAUUACUGAAACUGGGACGAACAAUGAUGCAGAUAGCUUCUUCAGUUCCGUCGGAUUAACUUGUCAUGCGAUGAUUUCUCUUUUCUUUUCGGUUGCUUGCUGCUAAAGUGUGUGAUGUAUGCUGAGUUGGUUCAGUAGCUGCUAAAUAAAGUACGCAAAUGACAACGGAAAAUAAGCCUGACAGCAA